UCAUGUUCAUCUUCGUCGUCUUCUUCUCCUUCUUCUUUCUCUUCACCUUCCAAGUCCCAACACCCAAGAAGAAGACAUCAACACACAAACCAAAGAUCAAGAAUCCCAAGAAAAAGAAGAUGAAGUAGUUGAUUCUUAUCAUCAUCAUCAAGAUUUUAAGAUUAGGGUUUACCUUAUCUCUCUCUACUUUUUCGUUUAGAUCGGUUCUUGAUCAUCAUCAUCAUCAUAUGUUUGUAUCUUCAUCCACGUGUGCGUACGAGAUCCAAAAGGGGAAUCAAGCGUCUCGGUCCGAUCCUUCGCUGCUUCAAAGCGAUCUUCAUCUUGAAAAUCACCAAAUCAAGUGUGUUUUUAUUAUCUCUUUUUUCUCUUUUUGUGUUUCUUUUUCUUUUGACUACCUUUUGUAUUUCUAUUUGCUUCUUUUUUUCUUUCUUCCGCAUAUCUCUUUUUUCGAUCGGUGUUUUGGUUUGACUGAUUUAGAUUUAUGAAUCUACAUGUAUGAUCACUAUAUAUCCCUAUAUAUGUUCUUCUUCCGAAUUCUACUCAAGAAUUUAUAUCCCA